UCAAAUCCAAUUGACCACUGUUCUGUAGGUAGCAUUGUCAGGCAUUAAUGAUCAAUGACGGUCAGACAACCCCGGACCACAGCGUGCAGAGCUUCCACAACUUGAACUUCAGCCACGUACAGAAACUGGCACUUGGAUUGAGUGCCAUGCUCAAUGCUCGAUGCCAGGCUCGCCAGCUUUUCAGCGGUUGCCCAUUUCGAUCCUCUCUUCUCCACCCACUGGGCACAAUCUGGGCCAUUGACUCUUGAUCAAGGCUCCUCUGCUGUUACUGCUACCUAGACAACUGGCACACUGCACGAGAGCUGCCAGUGUUCGUUCUACGCGACAAGCGCACGCCUCUGCAUCCUCCUCGCUUCGACCCCUUCAGGUUCAUCGUCGUGCCAAAGUCUCUAUUGCAAUCCUGACCCACGCAGCCCGGGGUCUAGUCGAGUGCUGAACCCGUCGCCCUCUCACGGCCGGCCCAAUACUCUCCAGUCCAGCUUGCCAGUCCAGGCCGCGUAUCGUCGUCCCAUCCCCCGUCCCUUGCCAUGGCGCCUGCCCAGAGCAAAAGGCCUGCCGCUGCCAGCGCCCCGGAAAGAUCAAUCAUCGCAGGCUCGCCCCUACGCAGCCAGCAGCCAACGCCUACAAUUCCUCCUCCGACCUCGAACUCGUCCUCGUCCUCGAUGCACCUCUUCCCGGACAAUCACAGUGGCUACCAUCAAAAUCAUAACGUGCAACAACAUACCAUAUAUCAGCGACCUAGAUCUUUGGCCCCAGUCUCAGGCCACAAUAAUGCCGCAGGCAGUGGUGGCGUUGGGCUGGGGCUGGGGCAAGCAGAUCCUGAUGUAAGUGACCUGCAAAGCCCAUUCUUUCUCAGCACCCCAGCAUGUUCAUGUUUUGCUCCUGUACCUUUUUCAUUUCGCGACAUGGGGACGGUACAAUGUACCGUUGUCUUCCAGGCCUGCACUGUUGAUAUUAUUGCACCAUCAUACCGACCCUGGUUACCGACCGUUGGAGCGUAUCUGGGCCGUCUCUGGGAGCUCGACGUUAGGGCCGUCAGCGGGCGGAGACGGUGGAUGGUGAAUGCUACCCUGGUCCCUGCAGCUAGCAUGGACGGAUAGUCCUGGUCAUCUCCCAUUCUCCCCUCUCCUUUCAUCCUGUGGCGGGCCUUGCUACUCUCCCUGGUCCGGGAUCAGGGAGCCGGCACGUCUCCUGGAACAAAGUUGCCCACGGACGGUGUCGAGCUGGGAACUUUGGGAGCUUUGGGGCCGGCAGUUGGUCCACUACCGCCCCUAGCACUGACAGUCUGGCACGGCACCCGUCGCAUCAAAAGACCGCUGGCACCAUGCUUCGGCUGUCAGGACGUUAGCGCAGCCAGUGGCCACCUGGUCACCAGCAGCAGAUGCAGACGGCAUGCAACCAGCCCACCCUGUCACCCGACUUAGCGCGCGACCAACCUACGCAACGAACAGCAAACGGGCUGUCCUGGCUGUCCAGUCCGUCCCAUCAUAACCCCCGUGGACCGACUGACCGAUGGCCCGACCAUGGUUCCCAACCUGCCAGGAUGCGAUGCCCGCCCCAUUUCCCGUCCUUGUCUUUGGCCCUCACGCUCUAACUCAAGCUCCCGCGCCGGUCGAGCGACUCCUCCCACGAUCCACUUGGCUGGCAAGCCCGUCGACACCAACACCCUGCCCAUGGCUCUCCCGAGUCUCCAUGUCUAUUUCCACUCGUCCUUGUGUUACAAGGGCCUCGUUGGACCCCUCGGACUGCAGCGGUCGUCUAUGAUUCCAUCUUUCUCGUCCUCGCCAAAACUUGAUUCUUUCGAGCAAUAGACUUUCCUUUGGUUCUGAGCGCCUGCACCGCCACGUCUGACGUCCAUUCGGUCGUUCUGCGUUUGCUCUUUACGAACUUCGAAAUCAACACGUCCCCAAGACACCCAACACCCCGUCUACAUAGGAACCUCACAUCCCCAUCCACCCCAGUCCUUCCAAUCCCCUUCUUGACCAGCCCGAGAGUGCGCGCAACCCAGUCAUUUUGAACCGACUAUCCAGCCCUCCCUGCGCACAAACCUCAGUACAUGCAUCGUACACCACAUCCGUACCAGAACGUUGGUUCGGUGCAUCAGGUGAAGCAAGAGUCGCAAGCGUUAAGCGGCGGUCAAACUGCUCAGCAACCGUACCCUUCGCCGAGUCUCUACACGCCUCACCAGGGCAUUCAAUCGCCCUUCUUGAACAACCAGGCUCAGUUUCAAGCGCAACAACCGCCCGGCGAGGCUCCUACCCAGUAUCCGCCAAGUCAGAGUCCGAGAAGCCAACACAGCGGUGUUGGGCCAUACUAUUCUACAGCAAAAUCAGAUUCUAUGGCAGCAACAGCGACCAUGCAGAGGCCUUAUCCCCCCAUAUAUCACACACCACAGUCGAAUUCGCCCGCCUCCGUGACCUCGCCUCAGUCUCACGACCCUGGCAGACCUAUGUAUCCCCAGCCGAGUUCCCAGUUGAGUCAGCCACUCUACGGGUACCCUCAGUAUCCGUCUAUAAACCAGGUGCAUCAACCGACGUAUGGAGGACACCACAGUCAGACGCAACAACAUCAGCUCAACUCCCAGCCACUGCUCCCGUAUCAGUCCACAACCCCCCAGUUACAUCAGGGUCAAGUUGCGCCUCAUCACUCGACAAUAUCGAGUAGCCCGCGAUUGAAGUCCGAGUCCACACAACCGUAUCAACAAACACCACAGCCUCGCCCGGGUUUAUUACCUCAACAACCGCCCCAACAGCCACAGCAGCAGCAUCAACAGCCGCAACAACCACAAAAUCAGGCGCCGGCCGCUCAAGCUGUUGGCCUAUCUCAGCAACCCUCUGCGCAACAUCAAUCCCAACAGCCAAACCCCAACCUUCCUGCAGGUUCUAAUGCCGCCCCGGGACCGAUUCCUGCCACGACACCACUGGUGGUGCGACAUGACGGAAAUGGCGUACAAUGGAUUGCCUUUGAAUACUCCCGGGAUAGGGUCAAGAUGGAAUAUCACAUACGGUGUGACGUGGAGUCGGUGGACUCGAAUUCACUAUCACAAGAAUUCAAGUCGGAGAAUUGUGUGUAUCCACGAGCCUGUGUGCCCAAAGACCAGUACAAGGGCAAUCGGCUGGCCUACGAGACCGACUGCAAUCAAGUUGGGUGGGCUCUGGCUCAGCUGAAUCCAUGUUUGCGAGGGAAGCGAGGUCUGAUCCAGCGAGCAGUCGACAGCUGGAGGAACAGCAACCAGGACCUGCGAUUGAGGAGUCGUCGAGUGAGACGUCAAGCCAAAAUCAACAACCGGUCCAAAAUGACGGCUUCCCCCACCGGUACGGCACCUGGCCCAGGCGGCGCUCUGCCGACCGGGCUUCCUGGUCCAAACUCCAUGGCAGCUCCCAGUGCCAGACCUCCUGGUACACUGCCGGGUGCACCGACCCAGAUCCAACAGCAUCCGCAUGAGGUACCGCCCCCGGCACCCGAUAACAUUGGAGCCGCGGCAUAUAACACGGCUCCUCAACCGUACCGUUCAAGCACUGGUUCACAGCAUAUGACGAGUCCUAACGAUAUUCGCCAAGGUCAUGUUUUUUCUGGUUACAAUAACUAUCCUGCGGUUCCGACGUCUCUAGCCCCAUCUAUGGCCCCCACACUUCCGGGUGGCCUGCAACAUUUGGGACGGCCUGGAGGGCCAGCAGCCAUGGCGUCCAGAGAACAAGAAGAAGAAGACAAUGCUUUAUUUGGGGACUUACCCGAAGGCAAGCGGCGAAAAUUUAUCCUCGUGGAAGACACGCAGAAAAAUGCCCGUGUCCGUGUUAAAGUCACUCUUGAUCAGAUCGAGAUGAGCGAAAUUCCCGACUCAUAUCGCAAGCAAAAUUCCGUCUUUCCGCGAGCCUACUAUCCUUUCCAAAUGCAAACUGCACCUGAACCGACCCGGGGAAGUCGGUUUGUCGAGGAAGGUGACGAGGUGGAUGGUGGAGCCCCCACUCAGGGCAGGACUUCUGUCCCGGUUCAAACCACUGACGGAGAACUAGAGGUGGACGUGCCUCAGAUCUCCCGAAGCAAGCGUGGACGUGAGCAGAAGCUCAACGAAUUAGGCCACCGCAUGGCCUGGGGUCAGGGUCGGGUGUUUUCUGGUCGACCCAUCUUUCUUGCCCGUGCUCUGGACGCUUAUCGCAGCAAACAGCGAAGUGCUCUCCUAGCAGCAGGUUCCGAGACUCUGACGAUUCCCGCGCAUUUGGAGACCCGGCCGGGCAAGAGAAGGUGGAUGGAACGAACCAGACCCACAACCCAAGCUUCGACCCCACCGAUGCUGACCUCUGAAUGAGAGGGUCACCAUGGGCUGUGUUUGGUACUCUUUGUUUUGAACAACUGUAACAAUACUGACAAAGUACAAGCCGGCUUUUUCUUUUCCUUUUCUUCUAUUCUCCGAUACACAUUAUCAGGCGGCCUGUUUUGGUCAGCUACAUGGAUGUACGACUGCCCUGCAUAGUUGAUACUGCAAGCGAAAAGACGAAGAAAAGUUGUGUCAUGUCUACAAGCCACUCUCAAGCUUUCUUGCGCUUUUCUUAGCUUCGAAAUCUCGGCUACGGCAAAGUCGGAGAAAAAGGUAUUCAACAUGGAUUUGGGCAAAUACGGGGAUUUUUCAUUUUUUCAUUGCACACAUGCACGCUGGAAAUGAACAGGACGGAUGGACGGGUUGUGACGUGGAGGCAAGGUCUUUGUGUUGAAUCCAGUUUUUGUUACUUGGAUGUGUUGGGAAUGUUAGCUUUGUUGGACAAAAAGAAAAGAAAAAGUCGGUGUUGAUUGCGAAUUGUGUGGGUACUGGGCGAUUGUAUGGAUGGGUGUCUGAACGUAUGGGAAUGGAACAUGAACAAAUUGCGGGGAUGGUUUGGGUCUUUUGGGAACUUGAAGAUUGAUACCUAUGGAUGGGUAAGUGUGUCAGUGUCACACUGUUGAGAUGGAUGUGAUCAUCAGCCUGCACUGGUAGUGGUUGAGUGAGCGGAUGCGGAUACCCCUUUGCGACCAGUGUACCUUUUUCUUCUUCUUUUACACAACCUUUUUUUCUCGGCUGUUGCAGGACGUGUUGAGAUUGCUUGCUGCUUGUGGGCAAGAGUAUCUCGACGGGCUUGUCCUGCAACUCGACCUUUUUCCCCAUGUGAAGGGCUUGCCAAUGAAUGGAGCAAGAGUAACAAACAAAGACUUGGAGAGGUACUUGCAGUGUGGAAAAGCGCGGCAAGGCUAGUGGAGGGGGAAUGGUGGAUAUCAAUCUUCUAUAUAGCAACACCAUCAGAUCUGCCGCGUGGAGGUGCGAAAGCAGUGCGCACGCUGGCACGACUGAUGGUGACGGCCAAUUUGAUUCUUCUCUUUUUAGUGCUCGA